ACACAAUCAUCAGAAGAAUCAAUUGUUAAACGGAUAUUACACACAUUAAAAUUAGUAAUCAUUCACGUGCUACGCACGAAAAGAACAACUUAAAAAUUAUUGGAACAAUAAUACCGGGACAGCGCGAACGCAGUCCCGACUACCAAAAAUUACGCGCCCGAGUUACCCACAUUUGGGGCAAUCGCAGGGGUCAACCAAACCGUAGUGCAAUGGAAAGGUCUCACCCUGGGGGAACCGCCUUCAGGAUCACGGUAACCCCUACGCCAGGUAAGUAUGCAGAGGGGUGAUGAGCGGCAUUACUUCAAGCAUCGCAAGCGAAUAUUACUCGUAGGAGAGAUGAUAUCCAUAUUAAUUUCUAAAUUGUUUACUUUUGCUUUCUUACUUUUUAUAAGGUGCAUUUAUAGCGUUUUUUUUUCUCCAUGAAUUAACGUUCACUACAAGAAAACUACACCAUAAUAGAUUCCAUUUAUGUAUUUACACAUGAUUUUUGCUUAGGAAGUGGUGGUUACGGACGAAUGCCCGUAUCGCUAUAGAUAACGAUUGUAAUUUCCCUGCAGAUGUUGGAGAUACAAAUAAAGUAGAGCCUAAACUGUGAAUAUAACAGUGUGAUAUAGGAAUAUAUUUUUAUUAUUUAUUUACAGUAGAACGUCAUAUACGUGAAUAACAACACUACAUAUUGCAGUCAGGGAAAGUAUCGUCUUUGUAGGCAUCGCUUGAGAUAGUAAAGAUACAUUUUUGACAGUUGGGUUGGCGAAGUUGCCGUGUUGUGGAUGUUAAGGACAUUGUGGGAACGAGAAACGUGGUUAGGUUGUAAUUGUAAAUUAUUGCAUUAUUUCAAGGAUGGAAGAGAAGAGGGAGGCAGUCAGAAUACUGUCAAGGUUGAAGUCAGAAACUGGAGAAGAAAUCAGCAGUGUAUUAGAUCUGCCUGUAGAUGUCACUGUUGAUAAACUACAACUCAUCUGUAAUGCACUUCUGAAGCAGGAUGAGAAUGUUCCUUACAUCUUCUAUGUGAAUGAAAAGGAGAUAAAAAGCACUUUGGGAGCUGCACUGGAUGAAGACAAAAUAAACAUUGAAAAUGUAGUGGAUAUUGUAUACCAGCAGCAGGCUGUGUUUCGAGUGCGUGCUGUCACCCGGUGUACAAGUUCUUUGCCAGGACACUCAGAAGCUGUGGUAUCAGCAAGUUUCAGUCCUGAUGGCCGCCAUCUAGCCAGUGGUUCAGGUGACACCACUGUCAGGUUCUGGGAUGUCUUGACGCAGACGCCAGUUCACACGUGUCAUGGUCACAAACACUGGGUGCUCUGCCUUGCUUGGUCACCCGACAGCAAAUACGUGGCUUCAGGGUGCAAAAAUGGCCACAUUAUUGUAUGGGAUCCAGACACUGGGUUACAAGUGGGGCGGACCAUGUUGGGGCACAAGAAAUGGGUCACAGCACUCAGCUGGGAACCAUAUCACAGCAACCCUGAAUGCCGACGAGUGGCGAGUGGCUCUAAAGAUGGUGACAUCAGGAUAUGGGAUGUGGUGCUGGGGCAGACGCUGUUGACACUGGCAGGUCAUUCUAAAGCUGUCACAUGUGUCAAGUGGGGUGGAUCUGGCCUUUUAUAUACCAGCUCACAGGACUGUACUGUCAAAGUGUGGAGAGCAGAUGAUGGAGCGCUGUGUCGAAGUCUGGAAGGACAUGCCCACUGGGUGAAUACUUUGGCCUUGAGCACAGACUACAUUCUGCGAACUGGACCAUCAGAUCCUGUCGCUGGUCUGCAUGUUGAUCAUAGUAAGAAAAGAGAGUUGCAGCUACAGGCACUGAAGCGGUAUGAAGCAGUUUGUGGUCGGGGAGAGGAGCGACUAGUAUCGGGGUCUGAUGACUUCACACUCUUCCUUUGGCAACCAGAGAGGGACAAGAGACCUGUAGCAAGAAUGACAGGACACCAGCAGCUUGUAAAUGAUGUGAAGUUUUCAGUUGACACCCGAUUGAUAGCGUCAGCCUCCUUUGACAGAUCUAUAAAACUGUGGGAUGGCCGCACAGGGAGGUUCAUUACAUCCCUGAGGGGCCAUGUGCAGGCAGUGUACCAGAUUGCAUGGUCUCCUGACUCCAGGCUUCUUGUCAGUGGAAGUGCCGACUCCACUCUGAAAGUGUGGAACAUGAAGACAUUCAAGUUGGAAGUAGAUCUGCCUGGCCAUGCAGAUGAGGUGUUUGCUGUCGAUUGGUCACCUGAUGGGCUCAGGGUUGUCAGUGGAAGCAAGGACAAAGUCUUGAAAUUGUGGCACCAUUGAUUGGAAGAAAUACUGGAUUAAGUUCAGAGUUUUAUUAAUUUAUAAGCUGCGAUGACCAGCUCAAGUUUUUAAUCACCUGAACUCAGCCUGUUUUAUGAUGCAAAACAAUACUGUAAAAGUAUACAGUGUACACUCAACAGGUGCAUUCAGCAGAAGGAAUUAUAAAUUUAACACUUAACAAGAGUACAUGAAAUCUUCCUUCUAUAAUAAACAGGCAUAAAGUUAAUAUGCAACUGUUCAAUGCUUUGUGAAGAAGCUCGAGUUGAUGGGAAGUCAGAAUUACAAGGGCUAUUUGCAAAGUAACCUCCAAUGAGCUGUUAACAAAA